AUGCCUUCUCGACCCACUUCGUCAUCCCAACAAUUUGCGGACUUUGUCGCCAGCCUUCCCCAGGCUUCUGCGUUGACGGGAGCCCCCGCUGCACUUGCGCCACCUGUACCUGUUGAAGACGCGGAGAAAAUUCAGGCCGCCCAAGCCGGCCCGUCGACUUCAAUGCUGUCUGAGCCGGCCCUCUACGAAGUCCGGCGAAAUCUAGACCGCCGGCUCAACGCCGCGCAAGAAUCCGCUCUCGAGCAGACGGCUUCUCCUCAGCCCGGUGCCGACCUUCGCGAGUUCCUGAAUUCGAUCGACGAAUUCGUGCCGGCCAUCCCGGACUCGGUCACGCAGUACUACAUGCACAGGGCCGGUGUCGAUAGCGCGGAUCCAAGGAUUGUGCGGCUGAUCUCGUUGGCCACCCAGAAGUUCAUCUCCGACAUUGCUCUCGACUGCCAGCAACAAGCUCGUAUGAAGGGACUCGGCGUUCGCCCGUCGAAGAGGAGCACCGAUAAGAACGUCAAGUACACGUUGACCCCCGAGCUGCUCGAGACCGUGCUACAGGAAUAUGGCAUGACGAUGCCAAGGGCACCUUAUUACCAC